ACUAAUGAUGUAAAUAUGGAUUACAAAUACCUGACUGUCCUUCGAUAAUAGGAAUUAGCCAUCAAUAAUUUCAGGUCUGAAGGUUGCAGCACAUUUCUUCAUUUGUUGGGGGCGACACCAAAUCAAAUAUUUUGAGCUUGAUUAUGGAAAAAGGUGACCAAAUUGUGAUUGAUCAAUGCGAAAACAAUUUUAUGGUAUGGAAAGCAUCCCAUAUCUUGGAACUUCGCAAAACAUAUCGGAUUGUUGGAACUUGCAUUGGAAGUUUGCCUUGGAAACCAAGACAAAAUGUUCAAAACAGUAUCCCAUUACAACUGAGCAAAUUUGAGGCAACCUAUUUGAUUAGUCGAAACAUCGCUGUGUUACGUAAUUCAAACCAUUAUCCUAAAGACUUAUUUUCGGAUGAGAGGAGAGUGGAAAUGAACCAACAGCGUUCGGUACAAAGAAAAGCACAAAUACAGGUGCUGCAAAAACAGAAAUCAGAAGAGUUAGAUGCAUUGUCAGGCUCAAUAUUACAAGGAAAAAUUGCGAAACGGAUUAAAUUAAGCUCACAAUCUGACAAGGUUGAAGAUGAAAACUUCGAAACAUUCAAACAAUCAGAGUUAAAUAAAACAAGUCUUUUGAAUGAUGACCAAAUGUGGGUCAAAAUGAAUGUGAAAAGUACACUGACAACAUUUUUACCAACAUCUGAAGAUGUUAAAUCUAAUUUAAAUGACAAUGAAUCAUUACAGUUUGAUGUGUUCUGUGAUCUACAUGAUCAGGGAUUCUUUGUGGCCAAUGGGAAUAAAUUCGGAGGGCAUUUUCUUGUAUAUCCUGACGAUCCUGUUUCAUAUCAUUCAUUUUAUAUCGCAUUCUGUGUUCAACGGUAUAAAAAAAUGUCUGGAAAUGAAUAUUCAGCAUUAGGAAGACUCGCAAGUUCAGUUAAAAAGACAUUACUAAUAUGUUCAAAAUCUGAAGGUGGACAUAUAGAAUAUUUAUCCAUGUCUUGGACAGGAAUUGCACCGUAAUUUCAAAAAGCGUUGGGCUUACUGUGUUGUCAUCGUAGGUUAAUCAUCCUGGCUUCAAAUCGCAAGGCUCACCGCCUGACACAGGGUGUAAUAAAUUGGAUAGGCAAUGUCAAACCAGGAAAAUUCCAGUCUUUGGUGAUAAUUUCUUAUAUAGCAUUAAAUUAGUGAAUACUCAGCGUUUUUCAGAGAGAAAGGCACAAAUAAUCGUUGGGUAAAAAAACCUAACAUGACUGAUUUGGUACAAUAUUUAUGCUCGAUUUAUAUAGGAACGUUGAUCGUUUCAAAUUUUUGUUCACAAUUUAUGUUUUGAAGCAUGUGCAUGAAUGGCCUAUUAUAUGGGAAAGUUGUUAGGUUUAAGGUCAUGAUCUUGUACCAUCUGUGUGAUCUUUAGGUCCAUUUCAUUUAUGAUUACAUCUCAAUUACCUAGUUUUAAUUUGUACUUUGGUAGCAAUAUUUUUUAUAUGACUUAUGGCUGUUAGCAAUGAGUUUGGGAAUGUUAAACAUAUCCUCCCCUCUCUCUACCAG